GACAGUUAUCCAUGCAAUUUUUGGAAUUUACGCGUUUUUUAUGUUUUUAUCAAGAUUAGUCAAUUAUCUCAUUUAAGAUUUUUCAGUGAACGAUUUGUUCUAUUAAGGUUUUAGUUUUUUUUUAUUAUGUCAAGCUUAUCUUUUAUUAAAUCCACCAGGGGUAAAGUGAUUCUCGCUACAGUGGCGGCACUACACUUAGCGAUUUACGUCGCCAAACCAUCGUUUUUCAAGGUCGAACAAGAUAAUAGAGGUCACGAACCACCACCUAAAUAUCUUCCAUAGUUUUGUUUUUAUAUACAACCCGGAAAUUCUAAGAAAAAGAGACAAUAUUGCUUCGAUUCAUGUUUUAUAAAACGAUCACAACUUCCGCAUCUAGCUUAGUGUCUAGACGUCUUUUAAUUGAUAUUUCAAGAAGAAUGAGCACUCUACAUAAAAUAUUUAUAACUAGAAAUGAUAUGCCAGAUGUUGGUAUUGAAUUACUUAAGAAACAGUGUGAAAUAAAGAAAUGGGAAAAGGCGAGUCCAAUCCCAAGAGAUGUUUUUCUGCAAUCUGUAUCUGGUGUGAAUGGUAUUUACUGUACACUGAACGACAAAAUAGAUAAGGAAUUAUUAGAUGCUGCCGGAUCAACUCUUAAGGUUGUUGGGACUAUAUCUGUAGGCUAUGACCAUAUUGACAUAGCAGAGUGUAGGAAAAGAGGUGUCCGAAUAGGAUACACACCAAAUGUCUUGACUGAUGCUACAGCUGAGCUUACCCUUGCAUUACUACUAACAACAUCCAGACGUCUCUCGGAAGCUCAGUGUGAAGCUAAAACCGGUGGUUGGGUGUCUUGGGCACCGACAUGGAUGACAGGCCCUGGUCUUGCUGGGUCUACCGUAGGAAUAGUAGGAUUUGGUAGAAUUGGUCAAGCUGUAGCCAGGAGAGUCAAAGCAUUCAACACAGCGAAGAUUUUGUAUUAUAACCGUAGCGAAAAAGCCGAAGCCAAAGAGAUUGGUGCUAUCAAAGUCGGAUUCGAAGAACUGCUGACACAGAGUGAUUUUGUGAUAUGCUGUGCAGCUUUAGUUCCAGAGACUAAAGAGAUCUUCAACAAGAGCGCAUUUGAAAAGAUGAAACCAACAGCUGUAUUUGUGAAUACCAGCCGUGGUGGAACGGUUGACCAGGGUGCCCUCAUAGAGGCCCUACAAAACAACACAAUCAGAGCUGCCGGCUUGGACGUGACCACGCCCGAACCUCUACCACUCGAUAAUACCUUGUUCAAGCUUAAAAACUGUGUCGUUCUACCACACAUAGGUAGCGCUACGAUCGAAGCGAGGAACGUUAUGAGUGAGCUCACUGCCAAAAACAUUAUCUGCGCACUCAAUGAAAGUGAAAUGCCGGCGGAACUUAAAUAGUUCUAACCAUGAUAUAUUUAUAUUAAAAGUUAUAUUGUAUAUAUAAUGUACUGUCUUAAUUAUUUUGCUUAAAACUUUAUUGGCAUUAAUAAGAAAACUAUUUGUGUAACCAAAUAGAUUUAUUAACAUAUGUACAAAUUGAUUCCUAAAUAAAUAUUUCAAUCGUUGUGUU